CAGCCGCAGCGAGGUCGGACAUGCCAUCGGGUCCAAAGUUAUGCCUUCCAGACCGAACCAGCUCUAAUCAUGCCUAGUGGAAGACGUUUUGCACUGAUAAAUGGUUCUCAGAGAAACCUUUGAAACUUUGGAUUUAGUGGGAAAUCCCGAGUGGAAACUUCUCAGGAAGUGAAUCUGCAGAAGCUCCUCCGACCUGGCAGCGCUGCCCUCCGCCCGCCGUGUUGACCAACCAGGGCCGACCAGCCCCGGGGCAGCCAAUCAGGAGCCGCCGGGAUGACGUCAUGACCGCAGGUAUAAAUAGGGGACGCCGAGCGGCGGCGCGCCAGUCUGUUUCGCGUCGUCAGUGUACGUCCGAGCAGCCGUGCUAUUCCGCCACCUCUUUUCAGCCGUCCAGCCUGUGACAGCGUAGUUCAGCCUUCCAUCAGAAGCAGUCACAACCCAGUAGAACACCAUGGCCACCGUCAGCCAGUGCCGCCAGAACUACCACGAGGACUCCGAGGCCGGGGUCAACAAACAGAUCAACAUGGAGCUGUUUGCCAGCUACACCUACAUGUCCAUGGCGUCCUACUUCGACCGUGACGACGUGGCCUUCCCGGGCUUCCACGCCUACUUCAAGAAGCAGUCAGACGAGGAGCGCGAGCAUGCCGAGAAGCUAAUGAAGUUCCAGAACCAGCGCGGCGGCCGCGUGCUGCUCCAGCCCAUCAUGAAGCCAGCUCAGGACCAGUGGGGCUCGCCGCUGGAGGCGCUCCAGGCGGCCCUCGAGCUGGAGAAGUCUGUGAACCAGGCGCUGCUCAACCUGCACAAGGUGGCCGACUCGCACACCGACCCGCAAAUGUGCGACUUCAUCGAGAGCGAGUUCCUCACCGAACAGGUUGAGUCCAUCAAGGAGAUCGGCGCCAUGAUAACCCGUCUGAAGCGCUGCGGCAACGGUCUGGGAGAGUACAUCUUCGACAAGGACCUGAGCUAGGCGCCACGCGCCCCCGCGGUGACCCGUCAGAGGUCACGACUCGUCGUCAGUGGGUCCGACCCCGGUCCGGUCUGUUAUCUGUCAAGUGAAACAGGAAUAUACUGGACUGGCUGA